UAGUUCGCUCGUUUAGACACAGCUGUGUAGCAACGACGAAGGAAUAGAUGUUGGUUGUCUAUCUCUUUUCUUUGAAUUUACCGUAUUGUUUUAGAGUGUAUUAACGUUUGCUCUCUUUGUUUAGGUAAUUGUACUCUCAGUUAAGUGAUUGUCGCCACUGUUAUUGAUAUUACAGGUUUAAUUUAGGUCGUAUUUACCUUCUGCGGGAUUUGAGAGAAGCUAAGGCUAACGCUGUUAGCCGAAGCUUUUCUGUUAGCCAACCUACAGCUGUCCUACUAGCGUUCUGACGCUAACGGCUAAUCUGUAGUGAAAUGGCGGCCAACACGGCUCAGGCAACCCCAACAACCAACUGGUCCUAUGUCUCUACUGGAGAAGGUCAUGUUCAUGAAAAUCCAGAAUGGGAGAAAGCCAGGCAAGCACUUGCAUCAAUCAACAAGAACCAGACUUCUGCUAAGAAUACACAAGAUAACAGAAACGCUGUUGAGGGAAGCCAAUUUCAGCCAGCUGUCAGCGACUCAUCUGCCAUUCAGCAGCAGCAGUACUAUUCAUGGUACCAGCAAACUCAACAGCAUUAUCCUGGAUACACAUACCCCUACAACUACUACUACCCCAUGGGCACUUAUGGAGCUGCAUACCAACCAAAUCAGUAUGGUGUACCUCCGGGAACAUAUUCAGGAACUCCAUCUUCUAAUGGACAGCCUCCCCCUGUGCCCGGCAUGGAGGACCAGACGCCAAACUACUCCCAACCACAGCCUCCCCCACCUGCUACACCUCAGCCACCCCAGAGUCCCACUACCUCAGAGAACCCCCCUCCUCCCCCACCCCAACCUAUCCCCCCUUCCCCCAAUUCCCAGUAUGCUCAACCUGUUUCACAAACUUCUUACAAUGCCAACAAUGGCAUGUCAUACCCACCCAGCGACCCAAACCAAAUGUCAGUGUACAAACACCCCCAGGCAAGACCAAACUAUGGCCAGAGUUUCCAAGCCCAGAACACCUACCAGCCUCCCCAGAAUAAUUCCCAGCAGCAACAGAUGCAGAGUCAGUAUGUACCUGGGCUGGGUCAGGGAGAGGCAAAUAAAAACCAAAACCAAGGACAGCAACUCUGGCACCGCAUGAAACAGGCACCAGGGACAGCUCCUGUUAAAUUUAAUAUUUCUAAGAGGCCCUAUCAGGUUCAGGGUUCCCCAGUUUCCAAUCAAGCUUUCCAACAAGGUGAACAGCCCACUGGGUUAAAUCAGACCCCUUCCUCACCAGUUACUGGCAGCAUUGCACCUGGAGGUGCACAGACACGACCCCAGGAUUGGCCCCAAGCGAUGAAGGAAUAUGUGCAGCGUUGUUUCACCGCCUGCGAAACCGAGGAAGACAAGGACCGUACGGAGAAAGUGUUGAAGGAGGUCCUCCAGGAGCGGCUCAAGGAUGGCUCUGCUUACACAAUUGACUGGACCCGAGAGCCGUUACCAGAGUUAAAGGUCAAGCAGUCUCGUUGGGAAGCUGUUCAGCCUCAGAGGACAUCCGAUAACUCCUUGAUACGUGGAGGGAGUACUGCGGGGGGUGCUUCAAGGGGCAGAGGGAUUGCCAACAGGCUAGGUAACUACAGGAACAUUUUUUCUCAAAGGAGUCCAUCAUCAAGCUCAUCGCGAUCCUCCUCCCACUCGCCAUCACCUUCACAUGGCCGACACAGAGAUCGAAGCAACCAAAGACACAGGCGCAGUGAUUCUGGCUCACAGUCAGACAGCAGCAUCUCCAGUGACCUUCAGCCUCAGCUGUCCAGAAGAGGACAGAAAGGAGGGCGGGGUCGCGGGAAUGAUAGGGAGAGAGGACGUGGUGAGAGAGGCCGAGGAAGAGGAGGAAAGUCUAACAGAGGAAGACGAAACAUGGAAGACGGUUCUGCUGUCGGAAAAAAGAGAAAAGGAGGUACUGCUGGUAUGGAUUUCCAUGACCCAAACAAGGAGGCUAAGAAACAAAGUAGAGCAGCUCGCUUCCAAAAGCAGCUUCGCUCUGAGCCGCUGGUUCUCUCCAUCAAUUCUCUGGAUCUACCCGAUGGAACCCAGGAAGGCCUCAGCUGGGAGGACUGCCCUAUUGUGGGCUCAUGUCAGGACAUCACAAAGCGCUACCUGAGGCUCACCUGUGCCCCUGACCCCUCCACUGUUCGCCCUGUCCAGGUACUUAGAAAAUCUUUGCAGGCUGUAAAGGCCCACUGGAAAGCCAACCAGGACUAUGCCUAUGCAUGUGAGCAGAUGAAAUCUAUAAGACAGGACCUUACGGUUCAAGGAGUUCGAACAGACUUCACAGUGGAAGUGUAUGAGUGUCAUGCACGUAUCGCCCUUGAAAAGGGAGACCAUGAGGAGUUCAACCAAUGCCAGACUCAAUUGAAGGCUUUGUACAAGGACAAUCCAUCUGAGAAUAUUGGAGAGUUUACAGCUUAUAGACUGCUCUAUUACAUUUUCACUAGAAACUCUGGAGAUCAGAUCACUGAGCUUGUUUACCUGACCCCGGCCUUGCGGGCAGAUGAGUGCGUAGCUCAUGCUCUUGCGCUCCGUGCUGCCUGGGCUUUGGGGAACUACCAUCGUUUCUUUAAGCUCUACCGGGAAGCCCCUCGCAUGGCUUCGUAUCUCAUUGACAAGUUUGUAGAAAGAGAGAGAAAGAUUGCACUUCGGGCCAUAGUUAAAACAUUCAGACCUGACCUUCCAGUACAAUAUGUGCAAAAAACUCUGGGCUUUCAAUGUUUAGACUCCUGUAUGGCCUUUUUAACUAGUCUAGGCGUUUCCUUUUACCCUUCAGACCCCAGUAAGAUAGACUGCAAAGCCAGUACAGCCUCUCUGGCUUCCUGUUGAGGGAGAGAGGGUGGUGGGGGAUAACCUUAUUGAGAAAGACAUAGACAGAUCAUCAUUUAGUUCCUUACUUACAUUGCACUGCCCUUCAGACACCUCAGAUAAUGUAGAAGACCUCAAAGUAAGGGGGAUCUUGUUUUACAGAUAACAGCUGAUUAACAAUCAAUCUAGAUGCUAUAAGGUGGUGAACAGUUUACCAGUGAGAUUACUCUCAGUAUUGACCAUACACAUCUAGUUCAGGGAGAUCACCCUAAUGGAUCCCUUCCUUCACCCCUCAGAUUUUAGUGCUAACGGUGUUCUGUUAUGUUUUUCCUCCCUCAAGUCAACAGCCUAAAGACCUGAAGAUCAAGAUUCAAAUGGCUCUUCAUCAGGUUGUCCUCCACACUCUCAGCCCUGCAGGAUCGCGUUGGUGCGACUGGUUGCUCUUAAAGACUGUGAGAAGAUGGCACCCAUUUUCCAAGAGGAAAAGCUGGUGGUUUGUAUGUCCUGUCAAGCAUCCUGCCCACCUGUGAAGCCUUCAUGAAAGAAAUGGACUUGGCUGUGAAUCACUGUUCCUGAUCCAGCAGAAGUCUUUCGCUGUUAUAAAAUACCAGCACAUCGAAGAGGUCCCAGUUUGAGGAGCACUGACUGUUUUUUUGUUUUUUUUAAUUUGUUUUUUUGUUUUGUUUUUUGCGAUGCGUUCUUCAACAAGAUUAAAUUCAAAUUCAAGAAGUUGGAUGAGGUUCUGCUUUAAUCAGGGUCAGGUAAAAGUUCCUGCCAGCGUCUAGAAUCCUGCACGUCUCUGUGCUGUUGGACUGCAGUGAUGAUGCUUUUAUAAAUCCAUCUGGACCUUUUAGCAGCUGUUGCUGCACAGAAAACACCACUAAGGAGGAUCUGCAUCUAAGGAUAACUUCACAGGACCAUCAAGGAGAAGCAAGUGGUUUGUAUGCUACACUGUAUCUGCAGAGCUGGUAAGAAAGAGACUUCUGGAACGAGAUGGGUGGCGGCACAGCUGAGGCAUCUUCGCUGCUUGGUGCCGUUCUGCUUCCUUCCGUCUCGGACAACAGUAUUGGCUUUCUAUCACUGAGUGGCAGAAGAAUUUUAAGUAUUCAUAGGUAGAUUUGUUCAAAGAAAAGCUAAAAAUUUAGCUAUACCUGCAAAAGAACUAACAGUGGAUCUGCUAAGAUUUACUUUUUUCACAGCCCAUUUAUACUGCAGUGUCUGGAAGUAAUUCCCAAGAUAAAUUUUAUAUGGAGGUAGACGGUCAAUUAAAAAGGGAUUCAGGAAACUGAGUGUAGGUCAUUGUAACUGCCAACUCGAUGCUUCUUUGAAAUUUGUAAGAUAAAUUAGUCGAAUUAUUUUUGAUUAUCUAUUUUCAGUUUAUAUUUAAACUGAAAAUAGUUGUCUAAUUGGACUUAUUUCACGUUGCCAUGGAUUGUUCAUCAAGAUCUGGAAAGUUUUUCUACAGCCAGAAGACAGCAAGUCAGUCAUUUUGUAUGUUAAAGCUGUAAAUGUAGUAAAUGGCUCCCAAAGCCAUAACAGACGUUUAUUGCUGCUUGUCCCAUUAUUCAGAUGAUGAUAUUUACCUGUUGUUGGAAUUUUAACAGCAGGUUGAUAUAGUUCUCCUCAGGGGGAAAUCUUCAGCUCAGUAGUAUUGAGUAUUAAAUGAUCAGGGCAGAUGUUGACCUCAGUGUAUUCCACUUGUACUCAAUCACAGCAGGAUUGGUGGCAGGCUUGUUGUGCAAGCUGCUUACCUAACAGCAAUGUUGUAAAAUUGUAUCAUAUUUGGAUUUUUUUUUUUUUUUUUUGCUUUCAUUUUAAUUGUGCAAACCUUUUGUUAACUCCUGGGUAAGUUAAAGAUUUCCUUUAUUUUCAUAAGAUUUAUGCAAAACGAUUUCAGAUGUGGAUGAUUUGGCUGCAUGUUACAGCUUUUGCAAUAGAGAAAUGGAAGCACAGCCUGAAAACGUUUUUUCUAAGAUUGUUUUCAUCAUUUUGUUGUGGGAUGUCAGGCUAGUACUCUAUAAUGUGUAAGGAAACAGUAGCUCUGGCGUGUUUCCAGCAUGUUUAAGUCGUCUCAACAAACGAUAAAUGGAGAGAUCGUUCUCAUCAGAAAUACAAGUCUAAGAACUAUAGAUAUUUUGACCAUGAUUUAAACUUGUCUUUUCUUUCCCCCUUCAUUCAUCCUAUCCUCCCUUCCUCCCCUCCACCCCCCCAAACCUCCUUCCCACACACCACCACGCCUCUCGUUCUUCAGCUCGUAGCACUGCUGCAUUGCAGAAGCAACAUGGAGUGAAUAAGCGGGUGAACAUCCUCCAGAAGGCUGCCUAAGAGUGAAGUGAGAAGUCCUGCUUUGACCGGCUCACACUGCAGCCAUACAGCUGGUUAAAUAACACGGGAGCCUCUCACAAUGAAAUGUAUAAACAUGUCCUGCUGCUAAUCCAAAUAUUUAAGAUGUUUAAGUUUUAAUAGCUAGUCUGUUAAUGAUCCUAUGUUGAUUUCUGUUUGUCCAGGUGCAUUUGCUCUGUUUUCCUAAUCUGUACAGUUGUUGGUUUAUUAUAUAUAUUUUCCUUUCCCCUCUUUAUGUACUAGCAUUUAAAGACAUACUUUUAUGUAAGAUUUCUCCCUCAUCAAAAGUGUGUCUGGACAUGCAGAAUUUCUUUUCAAAUAUUAGGUUUUUAAAGUCUUGUUAAGGUUUCUGAAAUGUGCUCAUAGGGUAAGAAUUGACUCAUCUAAAUUAUCUUUGUUGUAAAGUUUCUACACAGGUUUAAAUUUUGAACAUCUGAGGCUAAAUUUAAAUAUAAUUCACCCCAGUUGACUAACUGAUUUUUUUUUUUCUCCAGUUCAUGUUUUGUUUCACUUAUUUUGUUGCUCCUCUGUUACUGUUCAAGUCUCUGAAUCUCCUUUCUUGAUCAUUGACACAGUCCUCUCCUCUCCCUUUAUUUUUUAUUUAUUUCCAGUUUGUCUAAGAUUUUUUUUUUCGCCUUACCUUUCACUUCUCAAUCCCCCGCAUGUCCUCUCCUUACUGAACAUCUAACCAGGAUUUCUCUCUUCCUAUCCUUUCUGUCAAAUUAUUUAAUGAGCAUUUGCUGUGUGCAACUUAUCACCCUGACUAGUAAGUAUUGUAUUACAUCUGCAGUGCUUUUAUAGUUUAUGUUGCAGUGCACUAACAAGCUGAAGGUUUAUCUGCAAAGCCCUUCUCCCUAUUUUUCCCACUUCUACACAGAUCUGAGAACAUUGCCAUGAUGUGUAUAUUAUGUAAAUACUUUUCAAAAAUAAAAAUUAAAUGA